AGAAAAGUCUAGCCCAUUUAUUACGUCAUAGACGCGCUCAGUCGCCGCGGGACCCCUUUUAAUUUAGCGACGCUGAAAAGUUUGCGCUUCUGUUUAAGUUAUCGGCGUUCACCUUCGUCUCUAUUUUGUACCGCAUUAGUACUUUCUGCAUAAAUGUGAAGUCGGUGUGGCGCUCGAAACCACAGUGACCAGGCAGGUGAGUUGUCAUUCAGGAGUUCAGGACGCAUAGGCCUACUUACAUCAUUAACCACACCAAUCUGAGGCAGUGGAGAAAGAUCACAUGCCCUAAGUGGCGGCUGAGAUGACACAGCCCCAUCACAUCGUCCGGGACCUUUUGUUGUUGGUUAUCUUAGGACUUACACCAACACAGCCAGCUUUGGGGGGGGACAAGACAGAAGUCUGCGGAGGUCGAGACUGUAAUGUCUGCCAGUGUUUCCCCAUCAAAGGAGACAUGGGGUCUCCUGGUCCCUUUGGUCAGCAGGGCCCCCAGGGGCCCCGAGGCUUACCUGGCACCCCAGGACUUCCAGGUGAGAAGGGUCAACGAGGAACCAUAGGAUUUCCUGGAGUGUCUGGCCGGAAAGGAGAUCAGGGCGUCAAAGGAUCUAGAGGCCAUGCUGGAUUAGACGGAGUGCCGGGUCAUCCGGGGCCAGGUGGGCUUCCUGGGUUUCCAGGGAAGGACGGUUGUAAUGGAACCAGAGGAAAUCGUGGGCUGGAUGGUGAGAUAGGACAGCCUGGCUUACCUGGACCUGUGGGACUACCUGGGAUAAAAGGAGCAAAAGGAGACACAUCUUAUAGACUAAUUUUCACGCCUGGAAAACCAGGUGUUGAUGGACUUCCAGGAGUGCGUGGCUCACAAGGAAUGGAGGGAGUCUUUGGCCUGCAAGGUCCACCAGGCCAAGUGGGAUCUGAGGGAUUUAUGGGCUUACCAGGUUUAACUGGUCCAAGAGGCCCACCGGGAGACCCAGGAAGAUCAUUGCCAGGACUGAUAGGAGAUGAGGGGGAUCAGGGUACGAAGGGGGAACCAGGACCUUUUGAAUAUGUGGAACCCAACCCAGAAGACUACAUCAAAGGAGAUAAGGGGGGAAAAGGUCAAAAAGGAAUUUGUGGAUUGCCUGGCCUGGAUGGUCCUGAAGGAACUCAGGCAGAAAAAGGAGAGAAAGGAAUUAUUGGUUUCUCUGGACCUAGAGGGCCACAUGGUUUUCCUGGUCGAAUGGGCUUUCAAGGACCUAAGGGGGAACGUGGGGAAAAUGGUCUCCCUGGUCUUUUUGGCAACCUAGGAACAAAGGGAUACGCAGGAGACCCCGGACCUAAAGGAAAGCAGGAGUACUAUUACAGAAAUGUGACAGGACUGCCUGGAGAUCCAGGGCUUCCUGGUGCAGAUGGACCACUGGGUGACAGAGGAAUAAUGGGUAUUCCUGGCCCCUCUGGCGAUCCAGGAACAUCUAUAAUAGGUGCUAUGGGUGAAUCUGGUUUGCAGGGUUUCCCUGGACUGAGAGGACAAAAAGGCGACCCAGGAAGAAUACAGUCUUCAUAUGUUUUUGAUUCUCCUGGGGAACCUGGGAAACGGGGCACUCCAGGGCCUAAAGGAGAACGAGGAAAUCCCGGCUCUCCCGGUUACUACUGCCUUCCUGGUAAGCGUGGGGAACCUGGAAAUGUCGGACAAAGAGGGCCUCUUGGAUUGUCAGGUGUCCAGGGGAGGAAAGGUCCUGAUGGUGCAUGUGCAUGUGACCCCCUUGGUGAUCUACCUGGCAGACCUGGCCCUCCAGGAUUGAUGGGUGACCCUGGUGAUCCUGGACGAAAGGGGUUCCCGGGUCCCAUUGGUGAUGUCGGUCCCCUUGGAGAGGGGGGUGCAGAGGGUGGAACGGGCCCCAGAGGCUUCACAGGUGUCAGAGGAAUUAAAGGAGAGAAGGGAGAUGUCAUGGUGUUAAGCACAAAGGGGGAGAAGGGGGACAGGGGACCUGUUGGUCCAUUCGGGCUACCAGGAUAUAACGGCAGAAAAGGGGCUGAUGGGAAGAUGGGCAUACCUGGAGAUCCUGGACCUCUGGGAGAUAAUGUUGUUGGACUGCUAGGUGAUAGGGGGUGUCAAGGAAGUGUUGGUGCGAAGGGCUUCAGAGGUCCAAUGGGACCUCCUGGCCCAUCUAUGAUGGGGGCCAUAGGGCGACGGGGGCAACAAGGAGACCCGGGGCCUGAGGGCCAAACAGGACCCUCUGGCCCCAAAGGGCUCCAAGGUGAAAUUCUGCCCUGUGGGACUAGCACUCCUGGGCCCCCUGGAUUCAAAGGACUGCCUGGUUUUUCAGGUGACAAAGGGAAGGUUGGAAAUCCAGGAUGCAGAGGGCAAGUUGGACCAACUGGUCCCAAGGGAGAGAAAGGUGACACUGGAGAUUAUGGAUGUAGUGGACUCAAAGGUCCAGAUGGAUAUGUAGGAGAUCCAGGUGACACUGGCUCUGACGGCAACAGUUUAGAUGGUCCACCUGGCAUGCCUGGUAACCGUGGACCAGAUGGUCUUAAGGGGUCUUUUGGAGAUGGGGUUGUCGGGGCCCCAGGACCAAUGGGACCCUCUGGGCUUCAGGGAAGCCAGGGCCCUAAAGGUGUCCCCGGACCCCCUGGACCAACUGGAUUGCAAGGUGCAUUUGGAAUUCCUGGAUUUCCUGGUAGAAAAGGGGAAAAGGCUGCAGAUGGUAUGCCAGGGCCACCUGGUUGCCCUGGUAGGAGACCAGACCGGUGUGAUAGAGGAGAACCUGGUCUGCCUGGUCUGUCAGGACCACCUGGCUUCACUGGACAGCGAGGCCGUCCUGGAGAGAAAGGAUCACUUGGGGAGCUAGGACUUCCAGGCAUAGGACCCAAAGGAGACCCUGGUAAGCCUGGUAUCCCUGGCAAUCAAGGGUUUCCUGGCCUUCAGGGGCCUCCAGGGCCCAGAGGGGAUAAUGGAAUACCUGGAUUUAAUGGACUAAAGGGUUUACCUGGAUUACCUGGACUAGAUGGCUGUGUUGGCAGCUCAGGGCGGACUGGACCUCAAGGUGUGCUUGGUCUGAAAGGCAUUAGGGGGCUUGAUGGGCGUCCAGGUUUCCCAGGAGAAAAUGGAUUCAAGGGCCAGAAAGGAUGUAUUGGGCCUCAAGGACCUCCAGGAGACACAAUUUCAGUCCCAGUGAAAGGCCAGAUGGGGCCACCUGGAUCUCAGGGGGAUACUGGUUUCUCUGGAGCAAGGGGUAAUAAGGGAACACAAGGCCCUCCUGGCCAGCCAGGUUACCCUGGACUAAAUGGGCCCCCAGGGUUUGAAAGUGGUAGUCGUGGACCCCCAGGUACCCCUGGACAGCCAGGUGAGCCUGGAACACGUGGGCAGCCUGGGCCAAAGGGCAUUGUGGGAUUAUGUGGAGACAGCGGUGAUCCAGGUGACCCUGGAUUGACUGGUAUGUCUGGAACCCCUGGUUUCCCUGGAUUUGAUGGUCUUAAAGGUGAUAAAGGUGAAUCUAUUGUUAUGCCGGGCCAAACAGGUGCUAGAGGGCUGUCUGGUGAAAAUGGCUUAUCAGCUCUGCCAGGUGAUAAGGGAGACAUGGGUGACCCCGGCCCUCAAGGACCGAAUGGACCCUUUGGCCUGCCUGGUCCACCUGGGAGCACUGGUCUAAGUGGGCCUCAAGGAGUUGUUGGGCCCCCAGGUCCAUGUGGAAAGCAUGGUCCAGAAGGCCCUCCUGGCCCCACUGGUCCACCAGGCUCUAAAGGAAACAUAGGAUGCACUGGACUUAGAGGGCCUCCGGGGCCCCCAGGCCUCCAUGGACUGGAUGGCCUAAAGGGCGUCAAGGGUGAAAUGGGGUCACGGGAUCUGAGUUUAAAAGGUGAUGGAGGAGCUCAAGGACUGCCAGGAGAGAAGGGCAUUCAAGGAGACCCAGGGUUGCAAGGAACAUCACAAACAGGUCUUCGAGGGCCAAAAGGACAGCAGGGUUCACAAGGAGACCCUGGUUUGAUCGGUCCUCAAGGACUUCGUGGUGCAGACUGUAAGGAUGGUAAACUUGGACAAUAUGGAGAACAGGGUUACCCUGGCCCAGAUGGACCACCAGGCCCAAUGGGAGAGGUGGGAGAACCAGGCACUAUAUUCAGACUUAGUGGUGAUGAUGGCGAGAAAGGUCAGCCUGGGUUACCAGGAUAUAAAGGAGAAAAAGGGUACCCUGGACUCAAUGGCCCACCUGGAUAUCAGGGCCCGGAAGGCCCAAAAGGUGAAAGAGGACAACAUGGAUCCAUGGGCCUUCCAGGUCCCUUUGGCUCCAUGGGCGAAUGUGGCCCCCAAGGACCCAGUGGUGCUAAAGGAGAGAAAGGAGAUCAAGGUCAGAAAGGAGACCCUGGUAUUGUCAGACCUGCUAAUAUACCCUGUAGCCCUCCACAAGGCCCCACUGUUGCUCGUGGCCCCACUGGCUUGAUUGGAAUUGAGGGUGUGGCUGGACCCAGUGGAAGAGAGGGUCCAAAAGGUAUGAAGGGACCAAUAGGAGCUGUUGGAUUUCCUGGACUACCCGGGCCACAAGCAUUAGAUGGACCUCCUGGAAACCCUGGAGAUGAUGGCCUGAGAGGACCCCCAGGCUUUGAGGGAUCCCAGGGACCUCCUGGUGAACAGGGUGCUCCUGGAACUGGUGAGAAGUUUACUUCUGGAUUCCUUUUGGUGAUGCACAGCCAGUCUGAAGCAGUGCCUGCUUGUCCCCAGGGCCUGACCAAGCUAUGGGAGGGCUACAGCCUGCUUUAUUUAGAGGGUCAAGAGAGAGCACACACACAAGACCUAGGUCAAGCAGGUUCAUGUUUGCGUAUGUUCAGCACCAUGCCAUUCUCCUGCUGUAAUACUGAGACUUGCGACUACGCUAACCGCAAUGACAAAUCUUAUUGGCUGUCUACCACUGCCUCGAUUCCUAUGAUGCCUCUGGUGGGGCCAGAAAUUCAGCCACACAUCAGCAGGUGUGUGGUGUGUGAAGCUCCAUCACCAGCCAUUGCAAUACACAGUCAAGACACAUCUACACCACAGUGUCCACCCACAUGGAGAAGUCUUUGGACUGGAUAUUCAUUCCUGAUGCACACAGGAUCAGGGGACGAGGGAGGGGGGCAGUCUCUGACGUCAACAGGAAGCUGCUUGCGGGACUUUCGCAGUCAGCCGUUCGUGGAGUGUCAAGGGCCACGUGGCACGUGCCAUUAUUUUGCCACCAUCUACAGCUUCUGGCUGACUAGAGUGAGCGAGCUGCACUUUAACCCGAGCCCUCACAGUACUGUACUAAACAGCGAACAGGAGCAGCGCAGCAGCAUCAGCCACUGCAACGUUUGCAUGAGGGAGUGAUUUCAUCACAAGUCUCUCAUGUUUCCUAGAAAACUGCACUGAGAAUGCACAAGAGUAGGUCAUCAGAUUGGUAGUCAAUGAAGAUGCUUUUGGUCUCUUUUGUGGAGAAGGAAAACAAUUACUUAAUUUUGACCGUUUUUGUUGAACUACAGGCUGUGAGCUUUGCUGAAGUUUUUCCUGCAGUCACUGGAUGUAUUCCCACAGAGCUCUUUCAAACAUAUUCUUCUUUAAAGGAAAAGUUCACCCAAAAAUGAAAAUUCUAUCAUCAUUUACUCACCCUCAUGACUUAAACCCAUAUGACUGUUUUUGUCUAUUUUUAUGCUUCAAAAAGGAUGCAAACGUGUUAAAAAUGUAGUUUAUGCAACUCAUGCAUGAAUUACCAAAUCUUCUGAAGGCAUUGAUUUUAGUGAGAAACAAUACAAACAUUUUGUUUACUUGUUCAGAUUGACUUGCAUGGUCACACUAGAACUUGUAUUGUUUAAUGUAAAAAAAAAAAAAGUCAUACAGGCUUGGAACAAAAUGAGAGUAAGUAAAUUAUUACAGAAUUUUCAAUUUAUGACUGAACUGUUCCUUUAAGUCUUUGCAUAAAUUACAUUUUGUGUCAUUAUAUUUGGUGCUAGUGAAAAUGAAACAAUUUGCACAAAUUCCUAUGUUAAUUUCCCCCUCUCUCACUGCAACAACAAAUACUUAUUUCACCUACAUUUUGCCUGUAAACAUCAAACAUCAGCGUAAUCUUGUAAUGGUAGUUUUUGUAUAUGGCGCAAUUUUUAACCAAAAUGAAGCUUGAAUACUAAACUUGGACAUUAGCGUUACUAUACUUUUUCUUUUACGGCGUUCACUCUGAUAGCAGUUUGUAGUGACAGAGAAGUUUCAGGUGACAUGAGCGAUGAUCUUUGAUUUUUAAUGGGAAUGACAACAAGGUUGUGAGGGAAAGACUUACUAUCUCUUCAAUGGCACGAAUGGUAUAAAGCUGUAUAAAGCUCAGAGAUUGCAUCUGAUUUUCCACAACUCAUGUUGUCUGGAGUUCUUUGUAUACUGAAUGUCCUUGGACAGAUAUUUUAUCAAUGUUUUUUCUGCAGAACAAUCCAAAAACAAUUUAAACUUUAGUAAAGCCCAUUGAAGAGACUGUAAGUCUAUCCGUCACAGCCUCGUUGUCAUUCUAAUAAAAAAUAAAAUGUGGCGCUAGCGUGAACAAGGUCAAGUAGAGUAGAGUUAAACUUUAUGCAAAAAUGCUCUAUUUCUUUUUUCAAGCAGUAUUAGUGUUUCUCUCGAAAUGAAUUAAGGAACUAUGGAAUUAAACUUUCAACAAAAAACCUCAAGUUUGUAAGACCAAAGGAAACACAUUUUCUUGUGGACAUAGACUGCAUUUGCAAGGUGGUUUGAUUGGUUGAUUGGUUUUAGGGUAUUCGGGACUUGAAGGAAUAUUCCGUUUUAGAUUAGUCGACAGAAUUUUCGGCAUAAAUAAUUACCAUAAAAAUGUAUUUAGUCUCAUCCCUCCCUUUUUUCUGGGUUACAGUGAGGCACUUACAUUGGAAGUCAAUGGGGCCAAUCCAUAAACAUUAAAAUACUCACCGUUUCAAAAGAAUAGCCACAAGAUGUAAACAAUAUCCAUGUUAACAUGAUUUUAGUGUGAUACAAUUGCUUGCUAAGCUUUACUGUGUAAAGUUAUGUAUAAUUUUACAACUUCGUUACCAUGAAGAUAUAAUGUCAACAUACACUAAAGCCCUCAAAUGACUGUAAAAUGACUAUUUAAACAACUUUAAAGCUCAAAUGACACACAUGUUUUAACAGGAGAAUUAAUCAAGUGCUUUUGUAAAAUUAUAAGCUUCAUGUUUCUGCCUUUAAACCCUCUUAAAAAUUGGCCCUAUUCACUUCCAUUGUAAUUGACCUCAAUGCAACCUAAAUUUUUGCUUUAUUUUCAAAUGCUGUCGAUUGAGCUUAACUUGUAUAAAACCUUGUAUUGAAUCUUUAAGUAGGUAGACGUUAAUCAUAAUACUUCAUAUUACUCUCUACGUGGUUUCUAUAAGAAAGUUUUGUUUGAUGUGUCUUCUCUUCUGUUUUUGUGAAAGGUGCCAUUUAGUUUCCCAGUCAUCAUUACUGAACACUUGAGAAUCUUCACUGCCUAGUUUUACUUUUGUUUUUUUAAAAAUUGAUGGCGCUCAUUGUCUAAACUAACUCAAGCCAUUAAAAGGAAGCCAACACCCUCAGUAUUCAAUUGUUCAUAUCCUCGUAACAUGGAGGCAUGAGUCCUGUUUUGAGCAUGGUAUAUUAUUUUGUAUGUAUAUAUGAUUGCACUGUUGAACAUACAGCUUUGCUUUAUACUUUUUUCUAAAUGUCAAAAGUAUUUAUUUAGCUAGAGACUAUUUUGGUGCUAUUUUUGAAUGGAAAAACAAACUUCACAGCAAAUGGAAAAGCUUUUUCCUUUCUUAAAAGAAGUUAUUAUCCUUUUUUUCUUUAUUUUCUCUCUUUUUUUUUAUAAUGUUGCCGGCAACUUAGAAAUGCAUUUCAUUGUGGCAUUUAGGAGUUGUGUGUCUCUCUAGUACUGUACUCUUAGACAUGAACAUGGAAGUACACCCACGACAAGGACAACAAACAUUUUUAAAACACUUGUAUAUAACCAUUCUUUUACUACGUCUUUGCAUUUAACAUUGAGCGAUCAGGUUCAAUUCUUAUGGUGUAUUAAAUGUCUAAUAAAAGUUCUGCUCUUUGUAAUAACUUGCAAUAAAAUA